UUCUGUGCUGGUGACGCAUUGGUGGGUGGUUGGUGGUCUGUUUUGAUAUAAUACUCUGUGAUUUUGUAUUAGUGGCUUGUGGUAUCCGCCCCGUUCCAGAAAACUUCAGAGACUAAGCUUUGGUAAGCAGUUUUUGAUGCUGAUGUGAUCAACAGACGAGUCUGCGGAAAAUGGCUUAUUUUGGCAAGGAAUUCAAACUAGACAGGCAAGAGAACUACGAUGACUUCGUCAAUUUUGUUUACGAUGGAGUUGCCGACGAACAAUACAGACAAGGCCUAAUUGCCGAUAAACCCACUAUCAAACUCAUCAAAUCAGGCGAUGGUUACACUUGGUGUUGUACUAAGUCUGAUAAAAGCACACACGAGGAACGCUUCGUACCUGGAGUUGAAUAUGAUGAAGUUAUUGGAGGCAAGAAUGCCAAAUAUACGACCACCGUGGACGGCAACGUCUUCACUAAAGUCACGAAGUUUCCGGAAGGCAAUAUCACGAUUAAAAGGGAGUUCAAGGACGACGAACUUGUUAUUGUACGUACCUAUCAUCGAUAUCGCUAUAUUUCUUAAUUGUUUGUUUUGUAUCGGUUGUUA